AUGCACGUUGUCCCGCGACCACGAUCCCUCACAACUUUGUUGUACACAAAAGCGUCUGUUUUCAUCGUCUACCCAGACUCUUCCAUCAGUAACACUUGCCAGAACACUGAACAAGGCGACACAAUCAUUGCGGAUGAAACUGGUGCUCUCUGCUCUCGUGAUCUCAUCCUGCCUUCUGGAUGCUGCCCAGACCCAUCGGAGGGCAAAGACACGGGCACGCACCGCUUCGUUUGCGACCAAUGCAAUGCCGACCAUUGUUGCGGUAUCUAUGAACAUUGCGUUUCGUGCUGUCUGGAUCAACGACAUGUUGCAUUGCGGUUGCAGGUCUUGAAAGCUUCACAGUCCAGUUCUCGACAUCUUUCGCUCGCUUCAACUCCAUUCGAAUUUUGUGCAUCAAUAUGUCGGACUUCCUCACGGAGUGUUGUUCACGAAAAUACUUAUCGAGACUGGAACAGCCGUUUCUGCUUCGGUCUUCAGUCGCUUUCCACAGUUUUCCAGUCCAGUCCUAAUUGAGCUCAACUUACGACAUCUCACAAACACGGCAGUACGACUCUGUCUUGAUAUCUCAUCGCAACCGAAGUGUCCAAUGCACCACCGUCUUUGUCCCGUCAUAACUUUUUCCGAUUGUUGAAACUGGAGAUAGUGUUGUGACUGCUGCUCGAGUGAGUUGACCUGAGCGAAUGAGUGUCGAUGGGCACGCGUGUGCCAUUUCUGAUUUGCUUGAGUGUGUACUUUUUUAAUCCGUUUAUGCCACCACGACCUACAGCUGGAGUUCCUUUCCACUGCAUGAGGUGCAUAGCUACCAGAACAUUAGCGUCGGUAUGCGGGAACGCCGUUUGUUGCUCAACAUAAUCUGUGCAAUAUAUACGUUAAUUUUGUUGGAUCCCACUAGUUUGUUUACUUCUCUGCUUCUAAUGGUCUGUAUUUAUGUCGCGCCCUGACAUUUCCGCAUUUUUGUGACCUGAUCCACCUCGAAACCCAGAAGCUGUAUUUAUAUUCAUGUUCCUUUCGUUUUCUUAUGUUCUCCCAAAAACCACUGCGUUUUUGUUUUAGGACGAAGUUCAUCACGCACUAUUCCCUCUGGCCAGUUGCCCGUCUUCGUACUGGAUGUAUACGCAUUACAGCCACUUUCCGUCACUCUUAGCGCACGCAUAGACGGUUGAAUACCUAGUACAGUAAAGCGACAUCUUGCUCGAAAUGAUGACAGAAUCGUCCGACCAAUGUGGUCCAUUCUCCAGCUUUGGCAUGGCGUACUUGGGGUUUGCUCUUCGUCCUACUCUGAUUAACAUCGUAUGGUUUGCUAAUUUUUUUUAUCGCACUACCGUUCCAGUGUCCGGGUCAGUUUUGACUCAGGUCAAUCAUUUUUACAAGCUUAUCUUCCAUUUCUCCUUCCGAUUUACAGACAUCUCCUCUUCCAAUUGACUCUGUUCGUCGAAUUGUAGGGGACGUAUCUAUGGACAACUUCGAUUCACUUGCCACGAUCACAACACAUUUUGAAAGCUAGUUGUGACCUGUACUUUCAUGAAAUUAUGUUGCUCAUCAGUAGGCCCCGUAGCCCGUGUCGUUUACUAAAGGCUGCACUUUAUGUCUUCCGCAGUGUAUUAUCGCCACCCGAAAGAAUUCUCAUCUUUUGUAUGCGCUCGAUUGUGCACUGUUUUUUGUUUGACUUCUCUUUACUCCAUGUCCAUACUGGCUCGUAUCCGUCCCAGCACGCGUUUCCUCGUUGAGUUACUUCAUCCGUUCCCAUCAUUUUACGGUCCCGCAAAUAUAAUUCACUGUAUUCGACCCCAUUCGCCUUCAACUAUUGUGACUGUCUUACAUGCCCUAUUCCGGAUUGACUGUUAUUAUCCCUAUGGAUUGAUCAAUCACCCUGAUUCGCACGCGCAAAUUUAUGUGCAUUCGUCAUAUCUAUCUGAUUGUUUCUCUUCCAACACAUUAAAUUAUUU